CUGAAAUUUGGAGAGAGAGUGCAGCACUGCUGCAACCAAUCAACCAUGGUGAUUUCGUGUCAAUCUGGAAAUGAGUGCCGCAGACAUGGCUUAUCACAGGAAAGAUGUGAGACAUUUCAGUCUGCUCAGAGUGCAUCGUUUCCUGUGAUCUUUUGACCUACUGAAGUCGACUACGCCACCUGGGGCCAACACGAUGUGGCUGAACACAUUUCUCUCCCUCUCAUUCUAUGUUAGUAGAAACACAUGUUGCACUAAGUCGAACCUGUGAUUUCCCGUCAACGGGGGCUGGGACAUUUCAAGGAAGUUGGAUAUGAAAAAGGUGUGCUCAUUCAGAUUACGAUGUCGUUCAGAAACAGAAAGCUACUCCAUUGUGUGGCCAUUGGUUUAUUGCUUUUGUUUCACAUAUGUGAUGCACCAGCCCUCAAAACAGCAGGUAAUGCACCAGACCUCGAAAGAGCAGACAUUGUAUGUAACGGUACACACCCAUGCACUAAUGCUGAAGCUUGGGGAUGGGAUCUCUGCAGCAGUGUAUUUAAAGAUGAAAGUCUCCAGAUAGACUCAUAUGAAUGUGAAUUCAAUAAGUCAUAUGCUACAGAAGUGGACUGUGGACCAGAGGCAUUUGACACGCCGAACGUUUGUUCAUCACUGGUCAAAUGUGGUUUCAACCGUACUUUUGUUGGCGUUACCUUGUACAUUUUUUUUUUCAAGCCCACACAUUGUGAAAUGCCAGAUUCUAAAGUACAAAACGGAUCCAGUAACGAAGGACAACCUGAAGAGCCUGGAUACAAAGACUGGAUGCUUGCUGUUGGUCUUGGUGUUGGUGCUGCUGUGCUGCUGCUGCUUGGUGUUAUUGUAUUCUGCUGCCGGAGAAGUAGAAAUAACUCCAGAGACAUCUACAGGAGAAGUGCUGAGGAGGGAGCGCGGCGUGUACCUCCAGCAGACCCAGUACCUGGCCAAGGAGCAGAUGUGCUUCCAGCUGCUCCUGCUGCAGCAGGAGGCCGAGCUCCUGGGCCACCCCCCUCUACACCCCCCCUGGGCCUCAGAGCGCCUGGGCCACCCCCCUCCACACCCGCCCUGGGCCUCAGAGCUCCUGGGCCACCCCCCUCCACACCCCCCCUGGGCUCAGAGCCAACAGCAGAUUCUGAACUUGAGGAGGGAAACACUGAGAAUGAUCCAAUGCUGCAGAAUGUAAAGUGUCAGUCAUGAUUUUUUUUGAGAAGUUUGUUUCUUGCUCAGUGGUGCUGUCAGCAUUGUGUCAUCUGUCCCAAUACUUAUUGACAGUAUUACUACAGACAUGAAUGGCUGUAACACUAUACUGUGGUUUGCAAUAAGAUUAUUAUUAUUUCUAUUUAAAAAAAAAAAAACAUUUGCACAAAGCAAGCCUAUUGACUUUACUUUGAUAUGAGUAUUAAAAUGAUAAAUCAAGGGACAUUUUGGAUAGAUAAAAAUGUGUGAUUAAUAUGCGAUUAAUCGUGAGUUAACUAGGACAUUCAUUUCUUUAAUCGAUUGACAGCACUAAUAUAAAUUUAAAUUGUAAAAUGCAACACAGCGAUAAUCUAAAGUGAGCAUUCAUGCUUAGAACUACAUUCUCACACAAACUACUGUAUGUUCGUCCUUCACCUGCCUGAAUGAGAACAUAGUUCCAAGUUUGUAUAUGCAUAGAAAAUCACAGUCUAUCAUUUUAUAUUAGUACUUGUAGCCUAUAUAUUGUAACUAUACAACUCACAAUCUGUAAAUAGUAAAAUAUUUUAGUUAUUUUUCCACCUUUGGGUUGUCUAGGCAUGUUGGAACUGCCCACUUCAAUGAACUGUGCUAAGCUAUGCUAACAGAACUAACAGAGAUGAGAGUUCUUAUCUAACACAGUGUUAGAUAAGAACUCUCAUCUCUGUGCGUUCAGUAACUCAGUCUGAAGCACCCACUGUUAGCAUAGCUUAGCAUAGUUCAUUGAAGUGGGCACACAAAGAAUUUUAAGGCUAAAAGCUCCUAACUGGCGAAUUUAGGAGAAACUCCUAAAGAUAAUGGGCGUGUCACUCCUAACUUUGGGACUCCUAGUGGUAACCGGUUAUAGCAGCACCUGCAAGCAUCAACAAUUGCUGUCAGAAGAAGAAUGUGUUUACAGCAUACAUAUUUUCAGUUUGUAAAGUUCAGGCGAAGAAGGAAGUAAUGAUAGGCAUCCCUGAUCAAUGUGAUUAAAAUAAUUGGUGCAGCCUAACCAAAGUUUUAAACUAUGUCUAUGCCUAUCACCAUACUAGUGUUGGAAACAUUUCACAAUUGUGAGUCUCAAGACUAUUCAUAAAGUGAAUGACACCAUUUUGCUGGUAGGAUCUAGACUCGCACUGGCCACAGUGUGCAUGCACUGACGGCAUACUGUAAUAUGCUGCCAAACUUGCACCCUAUCUGUUUAAACAAAACCUUUUUUUUUUAAUUUGGUGAUGAGUUGUAUGUAUCUUAUCAUUUCUACACUGUGAGUUCCACAGUCCACGCUGCCAUAAUCACACAGUGAUAUUAUGUGGACGGUAGGGAGUGUUUGUCAUUGUAUUUCAGUGUACCAAAUAUUAAUUCCUGAUUAUGUUGUAAAUUCAAUCGCAUAAGGUUUGGUGGUUGGAACUAGGUAUUUGUCGACCAAACAACAUUGCUUUUCUGGUUGUUGCUUGGGUGAAAGUUGCUUGGUUUUGCUAACUUUUCUAGAAACACAAGAGGUCAAGAGUCAGACUGUUAUUUUGUAUGUUCCAGUAAUUACAUUGUUAAAUACAUAUGUUACUAAUUACAUUUUGCUUUGAUUUUUUUUUUUCAUUUGUGGGAGUUAUCUGGAAAUGAUUACACUGUCUGGUUCUAUAGGGAUACAUAAACUCAGUCUACUAAAGACAUGGGUGAAUCUAAAUAUGAAACUUUCUGUAACUCUUUUGAUACUUGAUCAUUGUAAAUAAAAAAAUUCUCUUCUAAAAGUCAGAUGUAUUUCUUUUAAAAUAAGUUUUGGACUGCUUACAAUGGUGUUGUUCACAUCUAAUUUAGAAUUUUCGUCAAUUGGGCUUUGGUUCACUGGGUAGAAAAAUAUGCCUAAUAAAUGCAGGGGUGGAGUGGCCCCCAAGGAAUUUUUCCAUAAAAGUCUACUGGGGCUACAUACCCACCAAGUUUCAUGUGUCCCGGUGUUACGGUGUCCCGGGAAUUGUUGACCAAAAAUUCAGGAAAUAGAUGAUGAGAAAUGAAUAAAAUAAAAACUUUGACAAUCCCUAGAUUGCAAACCUCAAUAUAAAGGGCAUGGGUGCGCGCGCACACACACAAACACACAAAGUUUUCACUAGAUGGCAGAGGAUUCCUCUGUGUGGGUCUUUUCCUUGACACACCCCUGGACCAAUGUGACAUUUAGCGAACCCCCCAGCGGCUUUAAAUAGUAACCAGCAGGCCACUUGGGCAGAGCAUGCAGGCUGGAUACACUGAUCACCCCUGUGUCUGUCUGCUGCCACACUAACGUAAGUAGUGUCCUGUUCUGUGUUGUCUACUGCCACACUAACGUAAGUAGUGCCCUCUUCUGUGUUGUCUACUGCCACACU